GCAUUGCAACGCACACACCUCAGACAAACUGAGGGGAAACACACUGCAGCUCCUCUCACAUGAAUGUCUGCUUUUCACAUUUUGGAGGAAAUACCAUUAGGAUUAAAUCCUGAUAUUCUGCUUAAACUCCACAAGUUUAAACUGGUACUAAGUGGAAAACUAUGGAAAUGGAUCUCCAUGUAUAGCAUCCAUAGUGCUAUAAGCCAUGGCUGAACCACCACCACCUCCACCACCACCUCCUCCUCCUCCUCCUCCUCCUCUUCCUCCUCCACCACCCCCAGCACCACCAUCCGACGGGAAGCCGAUCUCCCGUGGAUCCAGAGCAGGUUCCAAGAUGAGGAACUUCAACUGGGAGGCCAUACCUCAGCACACGGUGCUGGGCAAACACAACAUUUGGACAGCAGAGAAGGAGAAGGAGUACGAGCUUGACACGCAACACAUGGAGGAACUGUUCAGCCACAAAGACCAGCGUGAUGGUCAGGUUCAAGCAUCCAAACGAAGAAGUGUAAGAGGCACGCCGAGCAACACCCACGGACCUGAACUGGUGUCCAUUCUUGGCUCCAAGAAGAACAUGAACGUCAGCAUUUUUCUCAAGCAGUUAAAACGGUCAGUAAAGGAACUCAUUGAGGACAUCCACAGUGGAAAGAGUGGAAGAUUUGGUCCUGGGAAGCUGCAGGAGCUUUUAAAACUACUGCCUGAGUCUGGAGAGGUGAAGCAGCUUCUAGCUUUUAAAGGAGACUGUUCAGCACUUUCUGAGGCUGAUCAGUUCAUGGUUCAACUUGUAAAGCUUCCCUGCUAUGAGGAACGCCUGAAAUGUUUAGUUCUCACAGAGGAAUUUCCCCCUUUUAUGGAUGAGGUGAAUCAUUCCAUUACCACCAUGACCGCUGCUGGGAAAGAGCUGUUGGAUUGUGUUGACCUUCAUUCCGUCAUCCGCCUGGUCCUGAAGACCGGGAACUACAUGAAUGCUGGGGGCUACGCUGGCAGCGCUGUAGGCUUCCGCAUGGCCUCUCUGCUGAAACUUGCUGACACGAAGGCCAACAAACCAGGAAUGAAUCUCAUGCACUACGUUGUGAUGCAAGCUCAGAAGAGCGACGCUGCUCUGCUGAAUUUUCCAGAAAAACUUGCGCACAUUGGAGAUGCCUCAAGAAUCCACAAACAGGAAACUGAAUCAGAAUUCCAAAGAAAAGUGAGCGAAGUCCAGGAGGCGAAGAAGGGCGCUGAUAAACAAGCUGACCUGGCCAUACAGAUGAAAGACUUUUUUGGGCGUGCUGAAUCCAGGAUCACAGAAGCGCAGGCCUCCUUCCAGUCGCUGAACAAAGUUACUGAGUCUGUGGCUGAGUAUUUUUGUGAAGAACCGAGUGAGUUUAAACUGGACGAGUGCUGCUCCAUCUUCAAUUCCUUCUGUGAAAGAUUCACCCGAGCCCUUCAGGAGAACGUGGCGCGUGAGAUGGCCGAGGUUAAACGCAAACAGAAGGAGCGACUGGAAUCUGCUGCCAAACGCCGUUCCACAGCCACCUGCUCUUUGCGGGAUAAAGACGUGGAAGGUGUAGCACUGGAGUCAGUUCUCCAACGGUUCCUGAAUACACCCGAGUCUGGUCGGCGAGCAAGAACCCCCUCACCAAGCCGUGCCAUCCUUGCUGAGAAGUCGUUACAAAAGAACUGGCCCAACAGAGACUCCAAAAAACAGAGCUGGUCUGUGAGCAUGUCCCAGUCUUCCCUCGGUAAGAAGAACUCGGAUGAUAAAAAGCCAGAGAAGAGAGGUCUGCUGGGGAGAGAAUCUGGUAAGCGUGCAUCGCUGGUAAGUGAGGACGAGGACGUUAUGACUGAGAAAGAGGUGCAGAAAUUGAGGGAAGUGUCCCAAAGGGUGCUGCACUACCAGUCUAGCCGUGGGAGCGUGUCUUCUGGGGAAUGUUUGUCCCCAAUUACUUCUCCACUUCGACGCAUGUUUCAGGAGGAUGGAGAAAAACUGAUGUCUGUUACAAAUGGCGAGGAUGCACCCGAACCCGUAAAAAUCCCACCCCUUUUGAUUCCAAAAAGCCCUGGUGGCAUCAAUCGUCGACACACAAUCGCUAUUCCUACGGCAGAUUUGAGCAGAAGUGACACUGAAGAGGAUCGGUUUGUUCCCGGUGAGCCAGAGAACGAGAGCCCUAGAAAUCAAAUUCUGUCUCUUGGGAAUAUUGGUAAGAUGAAAUCAGUGGACAGCUUCCUACCAUCUAUAAUUGAUGGGGUAGGCAAUAAAGUGCCAUCCAGCACUCCGACAGGCAAAUCGGAGAACGUCGGCAUAGCAGAAGUACAGCAAGAAACCGACGAGAGCUUAUCCAGUUCUCCGCAAAAUUCUCCAGUCAAUGGACAGAACAAGCACACCAAGACGACCUCUCGAUUAUUGUCCUUUUUUAAACGCUUGGGUGAAAAGAGCAAAACGAACAACAGGGAAUCCGAGUCCAGUAACGUGGACUCCUAACAGACAUUUAACAGACACUGGGUCGGGUGGUUUAUAGACCUGUUUUUUUAAAAAUUCGUUUGGUUUUUUUAUUUCAAAUCUGGACGUGGUCUAGAAACCAAUCUCUGUUACGCCUUACAAGUUUGCAGCAUGUGUGAACGCUUCAGUUCAAAGUCCAAGGUGUCAAGAAACAUGGUAGAGCUGUUCACGGUUACUGGAAUGACAUUCAUGGUGCGAGUUUUUGCUUGGCUAAACAUCAUCUUAGCAGGAAAUGUGCAUCGUUUGCAGGUGCUCCUAAAUAAUGACACGCCACCUGGAGAUAACCGCUGUUCAGCAUGGUUUGAUGUUUGUUAAUGGGACCAGAGUACGAUUAUUGAAAACAAUCGAGCGCUGUACGUCAAAAGUAUGUACAUAGCAGAAAUGUACGUAUCAGUUUGCUCAAACAAAUCGAUCCAAAUCACAACCCUUAAACUCUUAAACCACAAACAAGCCCAGAACGGUUUCUAACCUGUAUGAAUGUUAAAACACAUGUAGAGCUGCAACAGCUAAUCGAUAAUAAUCGGCGGUGAAAAUCGUCGUCAAGGAAUCGCAUUAUCGAUUAGUCGGUCUGUUCGCGGCACGGGACACAUUUACUCAUUACGCUACUUCUGUUCUGAAAAAACAGGCAUCGGAGAAUAAAUACUAAAGUUGUGUCCCAAAUGACGUACUGUACACUUACACUAUGCAUUAUGUACUCUACCGUCGAGUGUAUGAAUUUUAGAAGGGUAAUAUCGUCUCAAAUGGAACAGGGAAAAAAUGGAGCUUUUUUUUUUUUUUUAUACUACCCGGAAGUAUAAGCCGCUUCCUAGUCGAUGGCACAUGAAGUCAUACACACGUAAUGUGACCCCGCUAGCUUGAGCAGAUACCCAGAGUCAAGGACGAUGAAUUUCUUCAGUCUACGUCAACGUUACCGUUUAUACCCAACAUGAUCUCAGUCACCAUCAGACGGCGGCGUAUGGCAGGGAGCAUUUUAUAUUAAACGCCACGGAGAAGCCUGUAACCUGUAAACUUUACAAAGUGGAGCUUGUGUAGCACGGAAGCACGACAGUGACGCACGAGCACAAACAUGUUUCUAUCCAAAAUGCUCCACUGUACUAGGGCUUGGGGAAACUGGUGCGAGUUGCUUAAAAGAUUUACUUUACUUCCAGUUUAUUGUCAUUAUUUGCUGUAUUUGCGUGCUUGCAGUGUAAAUUAAAACGGUAUGAUCGAAGUAAACACAAGCAAAAUGAUAUGCCUAAACCACAAGGUGCAAUGAAAGUAAGGUUUUAUUAUUAAUUUAGGACUGUAGUUUAAUUAUCAGUGCUUUUUUGUGCAUUCAUUAAAUUAAUGCACCAAUACUUAUAUAUAUUUGGACAAAGAGUUGUGUUAAUGUAAACUUUUACAAUUUUAUAAGUUUUAUAUGUGUUUUAUAUUUGUAACACUCAAUUUGUGGACUUUAUUUUAAAUAAACAAACAAACAAAAAAUGAUACUGAAAGUUUGCCCCCAAUCCGAUUAAUCGAGAAAUCGUGAUUAAUCGAUUACGGAAAUAAUCGUUGGUUGCAGCCCUAAACACAUGCAAAUUAACACAACAACAACAACAACAACAAAAAUCUAGAACCCUAGAUGGUUAUUCAGUUGGAACCCUUAAGGCGUAGGUUGCAUAUUCUUCCUGUGCUAUAGGCGUUUCCUUUGGGUAAUCCGGUCCCCCCCCAGUCUUCACAAAUUGUCUGUAGUGUGUGAAUGCAUGUGUGUGAUUGUGUUCCGCGAUGGGUUUGCACCCAGUCCAGGGUGUCCCCCACCUUGUACCCAGAGUUCCCUGAGAUAGGCUCCAGUCUCGACGUCACCCUGUGUAGCGAAACGGAAAAUGGAUGGAUUUUUUGUUCAAAACAUGCACAAAAGUACUCUGCUCUCAUGUAUAUACAGCGGGGGGGGGAUAAGUAUUGAACGCGUCAACAUUGUUUUCAGGAAAUAUAUUUCCAAUGAGGCUACUCACGUGACAUUUUCACCAGACUUUGGUAUAAACUCAAGAAAUCCACACGUAUAAAGAAAUCACAACAUUAAAGUCCAUAAUUAAAGUUAUGUAUAAUAAAGAGGAACGACACGGGGGGGAAAAAAGUAUUAAAUAAAUUUCAGUUAGCGUGUUCAACACUUUUUUCCCGUGUCGUUCCUCUUCAUUACACAUAACUUCAUUUAUGGACUUUAAUGUUGUGAUUUCUUUAUACGUGUGGAUUUCUUGAGUUAAUACCAAAGUCUGGUGAAAAUUUCACGUGAAUAGCCUCAUUGGAAAUAUAUUUACUGAAAAAAAGUUGACGCGUUCAAUACUUAUCCCCCCCCCCCCGCUGUAUAUAUAACAAUGCAUUUUAUUUAGUGACGCUCAUAAAAAGUAGCCUAUACAUCCAGAGAUUUAAUUAUCUCUGUGCAUUUUAGAUACGGUACGUCAUCAGACUGUCGUCACAAUCCACUGAUCAUUUACAGUUGAUAUAUUUAUUUAUUUUAACCCCAGUUAUACAGUGAAGAAGUAUCCUUUAUUAUUGUUGCGUCCAUAUUUAGGCUUAAAUCACCGAUAUGCACUAAUGAUCAGUCUGUGUCACAGUGUAAUCUGCUGACGUGGUGCUGGCUAAGUAAGAUGGCUGGCUCUUACCAUCUGUCUGGAUGCGGUCUCCAUAGCAACCACCACCUCCUCCUCAAAAGCCUGAUAUGACUGUCUUCACCUCCCCCAACCCGUCACUGUAGAUUAUAGCCGGCCCAGACUCCACCGCCUCAUUACAUCUCACCAUGCGCCUGUUACUUUCCCUCGUCUCAUUUAUCUCAUCGGUCUCAGCUCAGUGCAGUGAUUCCUGCCUUCCUGACCUCAGUGGGUGUGUGUCAGAUGAGAAGUGUUACAAACAUUGGUCUUAAAUGGAUUGGUUUUUUGUUUUUUUUUCUAUUCAAGAGCUUACAUUUCCAUUUAUGGCAUUUGGUAUAAUGACACCUUUAUCCAGAGCGACUUACAUAAGUGCUUUGUCGAUAAAUUCAUCCCGAUCUUGGUUCACUAGAUCACGGACAAAGAAUACUGUCGGUCUAUGAAAACUUUGUUGGGAAUGUAAUAUAUUAAGAAGAACACACAGACAACACAUUAAAAAAGUGCUAAUUUAUCCACUCUA